GCGGGCGCGUUUUAAGCGUUCGUGGGAGAGAGUGAGAGUGACGUUUUCUUCAUGCAUACAAGGAGUAGCGCGAGGCCGAUUGGCUCAUCGCAGUGUUUUCAGUUGGUGACACGGUUUCAUUGGUUGUCUGUGACACGCAGCUAUGUGAGCUACUGCGUUGUAAGGACUAGCAGGCAACCGCUUUCAACACUAUUUUAUGCAUCUAUCCCCGCAUAAUUCCACGGGCUAGGAAGCUUCACUUGGCCAUGUUUCUCGCAGCGACCCUUGUGCGCUAAAGUACGUUGUUAAACUGUCGGGAAGUUCUCUCACGUGCUGUUGCUGCGCCAUGCAAACGUGUCUAGGCACAGGCCAAUACUGCCCUGGCCUGCACAUGACAGUGAACAAGACCCCUAUGGCCACCUUCGGGUAUUCCGUGAAAGGCCCCUACCGCUCGGAGCACGUAACAGGAAGUCAUCUUCGACGGUCAAUUCCAUCGUCUGGUGUCCUUGGUUUCGUCGGUGCGUUGAGUCUCGUUGCUGCUAAUUGCCUCUUCCGUCUGUUUUGCUUCGCGGCCUGCGUCUCUGUGGUAAAGCGAAGAGCUGGUGUAGCGAAGCCAUGUUCUUAGAUGAGUGUUACCAUUGAUCGCGCUAUCUUACAUGCGUGUUGCAAUAAGUGAGUUUUCUGGAAUUCUUUGGUGUCGCUUGUUUUCCGUGUACGAGGUUGUUGCUGUCAAUACAAUGAAGCGUCGACAUGGUUUGCGGUUCCCCGUGGACACACGGGCCAGUGUCACAGGCAUCUAUUUUCGCCGCAAUAAGUCCAAUGUAGGACCUGGUGCGUUAUAUUCGUUGGGGAGUAUUCUGGCGGUGAGCGUGGGGGGGUUGUAAGCAUGGCCAGACAGGAGGGGCCUCUGAAGCGUCCACCACGAUGGCUGUGGGACUAUUCACAGGUGCCCGUAUCCAAAUGCGACCGAAUCCGUGAUGCGUUGUGUCAUAUUACGAGGCCUGUGGUCAAGCUAUUUGAUGUCCUGUCUGUUGAGAGGCUUCUCAUAGUGGCGGUUUUUGCGUACGGGAUGUUACUUACGUCUCGUGGUGCGUUUCAUUUUCUCCACUUGCGCUGACUGCGCCUCGUCACCGGUUUUCCACUGGCGCGCCCAGGCGGUAGGCAGCGGUCCAGUGCCGGUGUAUUUAAGCGAUGAGGAGUGAUAAGGUGGAGCAAGGGUGAGCUACGGAGCGUCUGGGCGUGCUGUGCAUACGCAUAGCGGACGGACCCAGACGCAGCAGUGAGCCAGUGGCAGCUGCAAUGACGAGAUGGUUUUGAGAUGUUGGGGUUGCAAAUGUGUGAGUAGCUGUGCAAAUUCAUCUUGAGUAUCGACCACAAUAGUCGUCCAUAUGUGCAUCGUUUUAUAAUAAAAAAGAUAUUGGAUGCUGAGUUGCAGCAAUUCUCUCUGUCCUCCGAAAUGCAAGGCCGUGGUGUCACACACAUGGGAUCAGAGAAACUAGUCUGCUCGCCUUUUACUAAUACCACAUUAGUCACAGCGGUUCUAAGAGCAACCUAUUGCGCCUCACUUGCAGAAAUCGGCAGCCUAGCCACUGGCAGUAAGGAUGACGUUCUAGACUUUCUUACUUGUGCAGGGAUGAAAGAGUCUGCAGCAGUUCCUCUCAUAGCUCCGCUGCAUGAUGGUCAUUGUCUCUCGCCGCAGAAUUGCACAGUGAAACACUGGACCAAUUGUAAACGGUGGACUAGCAGUGUUGGUGUCGGCUCCAGUGCUCACAUUUCAUGAUAGAAGAGGCGGAGGCAGGCGUGCAUUUCUUGGCCAAGAGGAUGUGUACGCUGAUUGGGGCACGGUUGCUGGGGGAAGGGGUGCUCUAGACGCUGUAGAGGGGAAGAGAACCGUAGGAGAUGGCAGGACGCAAUGCGUCGCGUGCUGCUUGAUGGGGUAGCAUCGCGUCUGUUCAGCUGGGCGCAUGUCACGUCUCUCCGCGAUUUGCAACCGAUGACGCGCGACGGGUUCCAGUUGUGCCACUUGUGUUCACGGGCGUGCGUAUGUUUCAGAAGAUUUUAACGGACCCUUGAUAAAAUUCUGAGAAUAAGAGUGAGGGACAUUCUGACUCUCCUCACGUAUACUGAAUGUGAGACUGCUUACCGGCAACGAAUGUGAAUGUUAACACCCGGUAGUACUGCACCUUCAGGUGUUCCGUUCUUCCGUGUUGCACUCUCCUUCCUGCUAACAAUUCCUUCUCUCGUUUUUUGAUCUUUUGACGGUUCGUGUUGAUAUCCGUGUAGAAGUGAAAGAGGCUGACUCGCCUUACGGAUAUUUCUCGUGAUCUGUUUCCUCUUCAUUCUCGUCUGAUGCGAAAAUUUCGUUUUAUCAUACAACAAUUGCCAGUCGCGUCUGGGGGAGCUCCGUUUGGCUAUUGUUGGGCACGCCUCACACCUGCCACGAAAAUUAAAAUGUGUGGUGGGAAUCAGGAAACUGUAGCUUGCGGUUCCAGUUGGCUCAGGUCAUCCCUCGUCUACCUUCAGCUAGUACCUGUGAUUGUUCCAAAGUCUUUUCUUCUCCAGCCGUUACUCUUGGAUACACCAGCUGUGUGCGCCAUGUGUGGGUGUUCGACGAUGAAUCCAGCUAGGGAGGGGAACACCAGCGGCUAGAAAAUGUAGGAACACAGAUGAGCCGGAACGGAGCUAAAUCAGAUGCUUGAUGAAGAAAGGGUGUUCUUGGAGAGAAGUCUUCCAACCUUACACCUAAUUCCACAGAGUUCCUGAGUGGAGACCGAUAUCGCGUCCGGUGGGUUUUUGCUUUAAGAACAAACAAGGGCCGGGUGCCCGAAAAGAUUGCUCGCCAAGCUCGCGUAGAAGAGAAGGGUCUGAGUUAUCAUGAAGGUCUGGCAGCAGACAUCAGCGGAACUAGGACAUGUGGGUGAGAGUGCUAUUGGACGACAUCGGAAGACCAGUCAGCCCAUUCGGUGUCUGCGGAAUGUGUUGUCGUUCAUAGCGAGGCGUCACGGUGGUACGGGUCGAAAGGGGCUGGGCACUAUCGUGGUGUGUAGUAUCGCGUGAAAAGAAUUGUUUUGUGCCUUUCGGGAAUUGAGUACCAGACGCACUGCGGCGAAUGUCACUGGGUUGCUGCGCUGGAGAAGACUGCAGCAGCGUGCUUGAGAGGUUUCAAAUUUCUCUAUGAUGCGCCAAUAUAAUGCUAGACGCCGCGUAAAGACCUGAGACUAGGAUUCUCGUACGGAAGCAUAGGUUGAUGGCGUCGUGUUGGACGAAUUCGUGAAAACGCUUUUCAGGAGAUGUAGGAACGGCCGGAUGAGACAAGCAGUAUAUAGAGCGUGUGUCAGGGUAACGUUGCACAGGAUCUGCCGCGUUUAUCUGAUACCGGAUUGCGCGCGUGCACCCGUAUCGAUCGUCGAAUGGAAACAGAGACUCUUUCGAAGAACGAAAAAAUUGGCGGAAAAAGUCCACGUCCAAAUCUAUCCUAAAUGGAAAGACAAGUCUGUUGAAAACCGGAUGGACGGUAAAUGAGACAAAUAUCGUAUCACAAAGCUGGUGAGCAUGGUACAAUGAUAGGUGCAUGUUGUUUGAUGUGGUUGCCUAGAUAAUAGAGUGGACAUUUCUCUCAUGGCAUGUACCAGUUUGUCCCGCAUAAACUGUUGCUUCCGUCCGUCACUCCUGAGGGCUCUUUUUCGAGCUCGUAGGGAGCUAUCUAAAUGGAGCCCUCUAACGUUAUGGUCAGGUACUACCGUGUGUUCUUACGGCUGACAGGUUACAAUGAAAUGGCUGAGGAGAACGGGACAUAACCGUUGAAAAAAGGUUUGCAUCAAAGAAGCGAAAACUGCAAAGCAAAACAUGUUGUGUAUUUGACAGAGUUGGUGCUGGUGCGCGUGGCUCGCGUGUUGAUGACAGUCGACACCGCCCUCUGUCAUAUGUCCGUCCAGGCGAGUUUGUCGGUGAACAUAUGGUGUUUAUGCUGGUCUCGAUCAAAUAUCCUUAGGGGACGUCUGUAGGUGCCAUCCGUGAGUUUCACGAAUGUGUGCCCACCGUUCUCAGGGUGCCCUGGAGAAUACCACUGAUAUGGUGUGCCCACAAAUGAACAGGACAUGUGCACCAAAUGUAGCGCCACAAUGACUAUGAACGGAAUUAGCACUUUUAAUUCCGUCGUUUUGGGCUGCGGUAAUCAUGCAUUCUUUAUGAAAGUGCAUCGGUCACACCAUAUCCCCAGCGUAAAAAAGCUAUACAAAGUCGGUAACUUGUGGUGACCAUAUCCCAACGAUCACUCCCAUUUUCCAGUAAAUGUAGCCUCCCGAUAAAGCUCUGUAUCCUUAAAUACGUGAAAAUCAGAGACGGAUAUCAUGCUAGAAGCUUGAGACCAGCGGGC